UGAGACACUUUGACUCUUCAGUGCAGUGUGGAGCCUAACAAAGAUCUGUUUUGUGUCCCAGCUGAUCAGCAGGAGGAGAAGAGUCUGACGGAGCAGCAGAGGAACAUUUUCAGCCAUCUGGACUCAGCUGAGUCACUACAGAGGAAACAAUGAGCUCAACACAGAAGGACCAACAUGGAGCAGAAGGUCCGAGCACUCAGGAGGCCGACAAACCUCACAGAAGAAAGGGAGAGAAAAAAUACACCUGUGACGAGUGUGGGAAGGCUUUUACUCGGCCUGGAAACUUAAAAACACACCAACUCAUCCACAGUGGUGUUAAAGCAUUCAAUUGUGACUUGUGUGGAAAGGCUUUUACUCAAAAGAGUGCCCUAAAAACUCAUCAAAGCCUCCACAAUGGAAUUAAAGCACACACCUGUGAUCAGUGUGGGAAAAGUUUCACAUGGAAACAAGGCUUAGAAAGGCAUAAGCUCAUCCACAGUGGAGUUAAAGCAUACACUUGUGAUCAGUGUGAUAAAAGUUUUACUCAAGGUAGCCACUUAAGGAUUCAUCAAGUUUCCCACUCAGGAAUUAAAGCAUACAGCUGUGACAUCUGUGGGAGAACCUUCAGCCAUAUAGAGAAUCGAAACAAACACCAGCGGAUUCACACUGGACAGGAUGUGUACUGCUGUGAUCAGUGUGGCAAACGAUUUGUAGCAUACAAACAUUUACAAAUCCACAAAUUUACUCACACCGAUGAGAGACCCUAUAAGUGUGACUUGUGUGAUAAAGCUUUUAACGCUCCAUAUUCCCUGAAAGCACACCAACAGAUCCACACCAGAAAGAGACUCUUCAAGUGCAGUUACUGUGAGAAGCAGAGCGACACAGAUGGAUGCAGUUCUCAACUCUGUCGUUGCUGUAGUGGUGGGAAAGAAUUUUUUUGUGACUUUUGUGGAAAAAUGUUCAGUCAGCAAACAAGCCUCAAAACACACCAGCGAAGACACACUAGACACAAACUGAACUACUGCAACAAAUGUGGGAAAGGCUUCCCCACUCCAAGUACAUUGAAACGCCAUGAACUCAUUCACAGUGGGGUUAAAAAGCACCUCUGUGAUCAGUGUGGGUCAUCGUUCAUCAGUACAAGUCAGCUUAAAAGGCACAAGCGAGUCCACACAGGAGAGAAACCAUACAAGUGCAGACACUGUGACAAAAGCUUCUCACAUUCAGGUAAUCGUAACCUUCAUGAAGCUACACAUUAAAAAAAGAACUAUAGCUGUGACCAGUGUGACAAGAGCUUCAGGAAUCUCAUGUGGCAAAUGAACGGUUUUACUGUUACCAGUGUGCUAAAACAUUCACUUCAUAUUCUGCUCUCGGCAAACAUCUGCAGGAUCAUGAAGGGCUGAAAUCAUUCCCAUCACUGGAUCACAGAGAAUCAGAAGAGAGAGAAAGAACAGAGACUGAAAACCCUUUAGAUCAGGCUCCACAGAGUUUAGAUAGAAUCUCCUCCUCCCCCUUUUGUGAGUGUGAACGCUUCCUCUCUUUGCUCUUUAAAUGCUUUGUUUCUUUUAUUGAUUUUUUAAAUUUUUUUUAUUGAUUUUUAUGCUGAUUUUUCUCUUUUUUUCGUAUGAGCUUACCUGCGAUAGCUUCUGGAAACUUAUAGAUCAUUAGGACUAAAGCGUUCUUAACAGAAACAGCAACAUUUUUAUAGUUACCGUAUCUUCAGCGCUCCAUGUGUCUGUGGCCUAGACACAGCUGAAGCCUGAUUACAGCGUCUGGGCACCGUACAGCCUCAAUAACCUGGAAAGGUGCUAACCGCUAGGCUAACUAGCAACAAGAUGCCUUCCCUCUCCACAGAUGACUACCACAGCCUCCUGCAGAAGAUUCAUCGCUUAGAAGUAAACGUGGAGGCAAAUGGACUGUGUGGAAAUGAAACAACCUUGCCUUUGAUUCAAAACAAUAGCGAUGACAAGCUAGUACACAGCUUAAGAGCACAGAUAACAUGACCAAGAAAGUAGACUCUGUGCAUUAUAAUAAAUCCUCAAGUGAUAAUCCCCCCCCUUAUGCGCGUCUUGAAACCAAGACAUAAAUCAUGUCUCAAGAAAGGGGGAGGACGUAUCACAGGCAGGGCACAGCGAGCUGAAAUCUCUGAAACCGACUGGCCUUCACUUCCUACAACACAGAGAAGCUCUUCUACCCCUGUAUACGGGAGGAAACAAGACUGGACAACCGUGAAUAGGAAGGUUAACAACAAACCUCCAAAACAACUGAAUGUGAAACUGCAGAACAGAUUUGCUCCACUAUCAAAGGACCCUGGAUCUAUAUCGGACAACCAUCCAUCUAAAAGUAGCGAAGUAAGGUCUGAAAAUCUGUUGAAAAGUAAAAGGCCACAGGGAAAGCUAAAGGCUAGGCCUGAAACUCUGAUUGUGGGUGACUCUGCUGUAAAGGAUGUACAAAGCACGUGCAGUAAGAACUCUUAAGUCCUCUGCUUUCCUAAGGAUAUGGUCAACAACCUGAAGGAGAGAAUUCUUCAAAUUGCAGUUGAAUAUCCAACUGUGACAAACAUUGUUCUGAUGAGCUGAUGAGGCAGCUAUGAAUGAAAAUGUUCUGCUUGUCACAUUUCAAGCUUUCUAAACGUUCUGCUUCAAUGUUCAUGUCGAGUGGUUCGCUUUGUUCUAGCAGUUGAAUGAAGAAAUCUGUUGUCGUGUUAUCAAGUUUUUAUUGAAUGUAUUUAAAAACGUGUUCUGCAGAUGUUUUCUUGUUAAGGUUGUUGGUGUUGUGAAAUUCUGCAACGAUUAAAUAAAAGUUUAAAAUGUUAAA